AGGAAGGACUUAGAAGAAUUCAAAAUAUCAAUACUACUAAAAUCUCUACUAUGCAAGAUCUUGCAGAUGUAAUUAUGAUGUUGAGUAUGAGACGCACCGAAGUUGCCACUCUUCGUAUUAUUCAUUAUGAACCUGGUGAAUUGAAUCCUCCUGAAUGGUACAAGCCUGGUUAUUCUUGGUAUUGUAUCGGGUAUAUUAAAAAUAAAGGAGAAGUGAAAAAUAAUCCCAAACCUUGGCAAUUUCUAUCUAUAGAAAAGAAUCCAGAACCAACUAAAAAGUUAUGCAAUCCUGUCUAUAGUAUUAAUGGAAAACGCAGUACAGAAGUAUUUAGUAAAUUUUUAAAACCAUAUGAUAUUAUAGCCAAAAGAUUAAGAAAAAUUGGAGGUAAACAUACUUCUAGAGUUCAUGGUGGUCAAAAUCCAACUUCACAAUAUCUUGCUUUCCUCAGUAGGAUUGCAAUGAGGCAUAAAAUAGAUCAUCAUGAUUCUGGAAUGUUUUAUGCUGAGGGUGAUACUUUAGAUUCUGACCUUGACUCGGAUCCAGAGCCUGAACCUGAAACCCUAGCUCCCACACCCAAGGCAAUUAAUGAGAAUACUUCUGAAAUUGAGGAUAUCUAUGACUUAUAUGGGAGUAUUUAG